AUGCGGGCGACGGUCACUGCUUCUCAGAUUUCCCUGUCAUCCCGCUGCAGCCGUAUCGCGCACUGUCAACUCGAGGCUGGCUCCACGCAGCCUUUGACACUCGAGGCCGAUUUCCGCCAGCGUGUUUGCGUCGUUAUAAUCGGCGUGUUCCCCGGGGUGUGCAGUUUCGCUCAAGCGAUCCUCAACUCCCUCAACACACGCGACGCGAUAGUUUACCGAUGCGAGUCCUCUGCCGACGUGAUGUCCACGUAUUUUGCCAAGAAAGACGAAGUCCGGGUAGGGGGGAAUGAACAGUACGCCUUGUAUCAGUCGUCGAUCGGCCCGGCGGUGCAGAAGCUCCUCGCCCGAGUCUGGCCACCAAGUGACCGGGUGGAAGCUGCCAGAUUGCUCUUUGAUCCAAUUUCAGGAGGAAGUGUUGAUUACUCCUUUGACUUUGCACUCGCACAGGAGGUUGCAUCCCGGCUGGAGAAACCCUCGCGUCAUAAAGUCUCUGUCACGGAGUUGCCGGAUCGGCCUUCGCACACGGGCGAGCUUGAUGAGGCCACAGAAACUCUCCCCCUGAGCAUCACCUCUCAGUCCCCGCCUGCCUUCCGUACCCCUUCUAGGACUGGCUGGCGGUAUUCCAUGUCUUGGGAGACUCAGAGAGUCAUCCAGUCCCCAAUUCUCUUUUCGCGGAAGCCUCGUACGCCGGACAAUUCCGCGCCAAGUUCACCUUCAAGCACAUCCAGCACCCCGCCCACCAUCAUACCCGAAACAUAUCGCAAGGGCUAUCUGACGACCCCGAACAUUCGUUUCAAGGCUGGUGACUCCGACAAAGACAGUGAUAGCCGUGCAGGGAUACAAGUCCUCAGUCUGAUCAAGGAUAUGGGCAUCAGCAUGGCAGAUCAGGUCAAUCUUGACCGCUUCGUCAUUGAAAUGAAGGGUAAACAUUGGCGGCCGCUUCUGCCUGUGACCUUUGCACCGACAGGCAAGUGGCAUCCUCCGAAUAGACUGACACCUGCACCUGAUGAAGAAGAGGACUGGUAUCCGUCCAGUGCGGACGUCAACCGGGCCAUUGAUCGCGCAAGAUUGACUGUCUUCGAUGUCGAGUGGACGAUUGUCAUCAUCGGCAAUGUACCCGGCAUCUUCCCGAGCCUCGACAGUGCUAAGGCAACAAAUCGCCAUAUUCCACCAGCCUGGUUCAGAUCUGAACCCGCGGACUCGGUCUCACAGGCUGUCGACCGCUGGCGCCUCCGCCUAAAGCAUGGGCUUAUUGAGGUUGUCAAGUUCAAACACGUCAUCCCGUCUACAUGCAGUCAAUAA